AUGGCCUCCUCCUCCCAACCCAUCACUCUCACCUACCUAACCGUCGACGUCUUCACCUCCACACGCUACCUCGGCAACCCCCUCGCGGUAGUCCUCAUCCCGGCCUCUCAGCGUCCCCUUCUCACACAAGACGUCAAGCAGCGCAUCGCCCGCGAAUUCAACUUCUCCGAGACCGUCUUCCUGCACACGCUCGACGACGAAGCGCGCGAUGGCUUGUCUGUUACAAGCCGGGAGAUCGACAUCUUCACCAUCGAGGAGGAACUCCCCUUUGCUGGACACCCCACCGUCGGCACCGCGUACUUGGUCCUGAACCAUUUGGGCUGGAAGCACGUCGAUACGCUUGUUACCAAGGCGGGGCCGAUUGCUAUUAGGCCGUUGGAGGGAGAGGGGGAGAGGGUGAAGGCUACUAUUCCGCAUGCUGUGCAUGUUCAUUCUCAGACGCUUGGUGGAAUCUUGGGGAGCGGGGCAGUAAAGGCGGAGACGAGGGACAUGAUCAACGCCGCGCUAUCUGAUGAUCCCGAGAUCAGACAAGCGGAGUUGACAGGGCCGGUGGUCAGCAUCGUCCGCGGCAUGACCUUCUUGCUCGCUAAGCUGCCUAGUCUGGAGCACCUGGCGAAGGUGUCGACGGCUAAGAGGCUGGAUUUCAAUAAGAUGGAGGGAUUGUUGGAUAGGGGGGAGUGGGAGGGCGGGUUUGUGUGCAGGUAUUAUUAUGUGCCGACGGAGGAGGAGAGGAGGGAUGAGGAGAGUGGGAGGAAGGAGUUCAGGUUUAGGACGAGGAUGGUGGAGUUGGGGUUUGAGGAUCCGGCUACGGGCAGCGCGGCGUGCACGCUGGCGAGUUACUUGACGGUUAGUGGGAGGGAGAUUGGAGGGGCGAGGUUUGAGUUGACGCAGGGCGUGGAGAUGGGGAGGCAGAGUGAGAUUGAGGUUGAGGCGACGGCGGUGGAGGAGAAUGGGGAGGUGAAGGUGAAGGAUUUGUAUUUGGGGGGAACGGCGGUUGUGGUUACGAAGGGAAUAUCCGGAGAGGUUCCCGAGGAGCCUGUUGUGUCGAGGAAGACCGGCGCUGUCUUCGAGAAGCGAUUGAUAGAAAAGUACAUCCAAGAGAACCACAAAGAGCCCGGCACCGAUGAAGAGCUAGACGUCGAAGACCUCCUCCCCAUCAAGACGAAUCGGAUCGUCCGCCCCCGCCCCCCGCAAUUCACAUCCCUCCCAUCGAUGCUCAAAGCCUUCCAAGACGAAUGGGAUGCCCUGGUACUAGAGUCAUACAACACGAGGCAACAGUUGGCGAGGACAAGGGAGGAAUUGGCCACGGCGCUCUACCAGAACGAUGCCGCCGUUCGCGUGAUUGCUCGCUUGACCAAGGAGCGCGACGAGGCCCGCGAGGCCCUUUCCAGACUCACAGUUACGGCUUCUGCUGGCGGUGCCGCGACUGGUGAUGCUAUGGCGGUGGAUAGCGAGGGUCUGCCCGAGGCGUUGGCUGCACAUGUUGAUCAGGUUCAGGCCGAGAAGCAAAAGGGCCGCAAGAAGCGACCAGUCCCCGAAGGCUGGGCCACCACAGAAGACGUUUCCGCCCUGCAACAAACCGCCUACACAGAUCUCCCCGUUACACAAGCGACUUCGCUCGCUCUCAACGCUGGCUACGCGGCAGUUGGUGGAUUGGAUGGCAUAGUGGACCUCUACUCGGUCGAGGCCAAGGCACACGAGCGCUCUUUGGAGAUUGGCGAGCCGGUGACCGCCACGGUAUGGAUCGGCAACAAGGUCGUCUCGGCCACUUCGAAGGGCAGUGUCAAGGCUGUUGAGGGCGGUGUCGAGACUGGUUCUGUUACGGAGCACGCUGGUGCCGUGACUGGUCUGGCGGUGCACCCUGGCGAGCAGAUUCUUGCUUCGGUGGGCGUGGAUAAGGGCAUCAUCUUUUACGAUUUGCACUCGCUGCAGCGUGUGGCGCGUGUUUAUACUGAUGCUGAGCUCACAUCCUGCGCCUUCCACCCCGACGGCCACCUCUUCGCCGCCGGCACGCAAUCCGGCCUGAUCGAGAUCUUCGACACCAAGACCCUCCAGCGCAUGGCCAACUUCACCCUCGGCGCCCCCGUCAAGACCCUCGUCUUCUCCGAAAAUGGCUUCUGGUUCGCCGCCACCGGCGUCGGCCAGUCCUCCGUCACCGUCUUCGACCUGCGCAAGGAAGGCGACGCGGCGCGGGCCAAGGAGCUCCAGACCGGUGACGUCUCCGGCCUUGCUUGGGAUUACACGGGCCAGUAUCUCGCCACUGCCGGAUCGCAGGGUGUCACGGUGCAGCAGUAUGUCAAGGCUAGCAAGUCGUGGACGGAGCCGUUGAGGACGAGCACACCCGCCGUGGCGGUGCAGUGGGGAGAGAAGGCGAAGCAGUUGGUGGCUGUUAGCAGAGAGGGUGUGGUUUCUGUGCUGGAGCCGAAGAGCGAGUAG